CCCGCCUGGGCCCUGCCGCCGCCGCCGCCGCCUCCCUCGCCUCCCUCGGCCGCCGCCUCAGCAGCCUGGGGGCGGCGGGCGCCUCGCGCGAUGGCCCAGCAGCAGGUGAGCAGCUCGCAGAAGGCGCUGAUGCUGGAGCUGAAGGGGCUGCAGGAGGAGCCCGUCGAGGGCUUCCGCAUCACCCUGGUCGACGAGUCCGACCUCUACAACUGGGAGGUGGCCAUCUUCGGGCCGCCCAACACGCUCUACGAGGGCGGCUACUUCAAGGCUCAUAUUAAAUUUCCUAUGGACUACCCAUAUUCACCACCCACCUUCAGAUUCCUGACCAAAAUGUGGCAUCCCAACAUUUAUGAGAAUGGAGACGUCUGCAUUUCAAUCCUCCACCCACCUGUAGAUGACCCUCAAAGUGGAGAGCUGCCAUCUGAAAGGUGGAACCCAACCCAGAAUGUCAGGACUAUCCUACUGAGCGUAAUCUCCUUGCUUAAUGAGCCCAACACCUUUUCUCCAGCAAAUGUGGAUGCUUCGGUCAUGUUCAGGAAAUGGAGGGACAGCAAAGGAAAAGACAAAGAAUACGCUGAGAUCAUUCGGAAACAAGUCCAGGCAACCAAGGCAGAAGCAGAAAAGGACGGUGUGAAAGUUCCCACCACACUGGCAGAGUACUGCAUCAAAACUAAAGUGCCUUCCAAUGACAACAGCUCAGAUUUGCUUUAUGACGACUUGUAUGAUGACGACAUUGAUGAUGAAGAUGAGGAGGAGGAAGAGGAGGACGCCGAUUGUUACGACGAUGAUGAUUCCGGCAACGAGGAGUCGUGACCUGCUCCCUCCGGCCCCUGUACUGCCCCGCCUGUUUUGCCAGAGGGGAGCAGCAGUUACCUAGUGACAGUUCAGCAAAAAAAUAUACAUGGGGGUGGGUGGGGGAAAUACCAACCAAACCUGUGUCUUCUGCUUUCUCCUGUUGUAUGGAUCUCGAUUCUUUCUUUUUUGGUUUCUCUCCCCCCCCCCCCUCCACUCCUGUUCUUUGGACCUCUUAGCAAAAAAGCCCUCCACACAAUGUCAACUGGCAUUCUCCCCAUCCCCUCACUGGGUCCUGACUUUGAGUCUUUCUUUAAAAAGAAAGAGCCCCCCCCCCACUCCUCUUCAGGAGCAUUCGCAACACAUCAGAACAGGUUUGCUCUGUGUUUAGAUUCUUGAAUUAAACACAGUCUUUCAUCAAGAUGUUCAAUGUAUUUAACGCCAGAGACUGUGGGGGCUUGUCCCCACGAGCUGAGUGUAAAACAGGGACAAGAAGAACAAAAGUGGAUCUGCUGUUGCUGCUGCAGAGCUCUUGCCGAGGCUUUGCUGCUCCGUUGACAAUGAUCGCGUGUGCACUUGUUUGGCCUUGUGGUGGUGGUUUCCCCCCUCCCCCCCCCCCUUCUAAGGCGUUGGGCAGAGAGCGUAAGCUCCAGUGUACUGAGCUUGAUAAAGACAUGGUGCCGAAAGGUCCAGUAUUCCAUUUCAGUUCUGCUAAGCGUGUGUGGGGAUGGGGGGGGCAGCACUUGGGGGCUCUAGCCCUUAGGAAGCUAAAUUGAGAUGGGGUGGGGGGGCUGUCUUAUGAUAUGAACCUUCCAAUAAACACUUCAAAACACUCUGUAUUCUUGUCCCACUGAGCCCUUGAGUUGCUGUUUCUGUGGGGGAUCAACCUGAUAAGUGCCCCGGUGAGACCUUGGGCCCCUCUCCAGAAGCAGAGCAGGUUCCAGCAGGAUCUUAAUUUCUGGGCAGAACCUGAGCAUACUAUCUUCCCACCACAGUCCCAGCUGCUUACUGCUUCAUCCCAGUGUGUAGAGUCUGCCCAACUGGGGCAGAACAGUCAGAUGGGUCUUUGCAGGGGGCAGAAUGUCAGAGGACUCUUGGAGGUGGCAUGUACAACGACAAGCAGAGAGAAAUGUGGCCAUGGAGUUGGUCUGGAUGAGAUUCUUCUUGCCAGCUGAUGAAUAGUUCAGCCCAUUUGGCAGGACUGGACAAGGAGGAUCUUUUGGCUCUUGCCCCUGAUGGUCAAGGAGGAGUCAUGGAGGGCACAGGGCUUCUGGACAGGAACUGUAGGGCACAUUCAGCUUCUCAUCGAGGAAACUGAGCAAAAAGUUGAAAGAGAUGGCUUGCCUUAGUUUUCAGAUGAACCAGUAUGCAUUGGAGGCAUGGUCAGGUAGGUAGCCGUCAUCUGAGUGUUGCCUCCGUGAGGUGUGCCAUGCUUCCAGUGGAUGGAUUGGAUGUUGAGUCUUGGCUGCUUUUUUGGUUUCCUAGUAUGAUGGUAUGCAUACUUGGGCUUUGUGGACAAAAUGAACGACAUGCAUGCAUUUUCCUCCAGCAGUUGAGGCAAGCAUCUUCUCUAAGAACAUGCUUGGCGCUCUUGUGAUGGGACUCUAGAAUGUUUUCAAACUUCUCAAGGGAAGAUGGGCUGGCAUGGGAGAUAUAGUACUAAAUUAGCAUAAAGGAGCUAGUUGAGCGGCAGAAACCUCUCUUGAGCACGAUCAUGUUGUUUGGCAUGGACUCCAUUCCAGCCUAUUCUGGCCUUUUGGUAGGUGGGGAUCAAGGCUGUGAAUGUGUUUUCCUUUGUUUUCAUGCAUGGCUUCACUCGCACAAUGCAGUUUCUUGCAGCUAAGGGUGAGUGGAUAUUGUCAACUUGCCUUACAUGCUGGCCCUGCCCUACUGCAGGAGUAGGGGACUCUGCUAAGGGUUUUGAGAGGCCUUGCAGGACGGGAACAGAACCCCAUGAGCACCCCUUCACAGCAGGCCAAUCCCCAACUGGCCACUGUGGCUCAUUCUUGACUGGGCUAGUCACUCUUCAGCUACCAGCUACAAGAAAUCUGUUGGCCCAGUGGAGUGACCCAUGUUUCUCAGGCUCCUGAAGUGGUUCCCUUGCUGGUAUGGCUUAAAGUCUGGGGCAGUUCUAGUUGCUUACAGCUGCCGGGGUGGGGGGAGGCAGAAUGAAUUGGAUUGUAGGAAUGGAAAUGGGAAAUACACAUCCUUUGUGCUUAGCCAUGGUUUAAGACAAUCCAAGUUUUGAGGAAGCUUUGCAGAUAGGGAUGUUAACAGGGGAGAAGGGUAGGUGGUGUCUGCAGGAGAUGGGAUUGCAGCUAGUGGAGUCAUGAAUUCCCUGCCAGGGAAACAUGGUGCAGUCCCCUUCCACCCUGAACAGAGCUCUAGUUUGUGUGUGUUGUGGGGAGGAGGCUCAUGUUCUGGGUGGCAGAAGGAGGGAGGGAGGGGAUUGGUGCCCUUGGCUCAGCUUGAAAUGAGGAUACUGUGUCUUUCAGCUGUUUCUUCCUUGUACUUUGACCGUUUUCACUGUAUACUCUCCAGUGACUUGUAUUCUCAAGCUUGAUGGUGUGAGACGCAUUGUUUUACCUCUAUCCUCGCCCUAACCUUUUGGGGGGAGGGGGAAAUGCCUGUCAGGCUGACUCCCCACCCCUCCCAGUCUCCUUGCCUGUUGACUUGCUGGUUUCCUGUUCUUGAGAUCCAACCUCCUGAGAUGCAACUAUCAAGCUUAUUUAAGAGAUCGAGGACAAAAAAAAAAUGUUUACUUGAGCCAUGUGUAUCCUGGUUCUCCCCAAAACCUCCCCCUACCCCAUGUCUGCGUUUACAUUUUGAUUAAAAAAUCAAUUCAGAUGCAGUUCUUAACCAUUCUGAAACCAGCAGGGAGCACUAGAAUUCUAUUGACUUUUUUCCAGAGCUGAAAUCCUGGAUGUUUCUCCUUUUUUGGUUGAUACAAAUUAAUCAAACCUGAAUAACUAAUGCAUUUUUGUGUUGUCUCCCUUCCCUUGGUAAUUUUUAGUUUUGGGUUUUUCUGCACAUCUGCCUACUAAUAAAAUGUGAAAUAAAGCACACCUGUACUGGUA